CAGGAUACUAAGACAAUAGUCCCUUCUACUUCCAGAAAGUCAGGUGAAUGGCUCAAGAGGUUGGCAUCAAUUUUCUGCUUAGGAUGAUCUGGAAACUUGCUUUAUCAUUGUUUCUCAUGUCCACUCUGGUUCAAGUGAUAGAACCCAGGAAAAAUCGUCCUGCGGGAGCCAUCCCUUCCCCUUACAAAGGCAGCAGAAGUAAUAACUCUGACCGGCGGCCGCAUCUGAACAAAGAAGUUCUGGCCUCCAGCCAGGAGGCUUUGGUGGUUACAGAGAGGAAAUAUCUGAAAAGUGAUUGGUGCAAAACCCAGCCCUUACGGCAGACUGUCAGUGAGGAGGGGUGCCUUAGCCGCACAAUUAUAAACCGCUUCUGCUAUGGCCAGUGCAACUCCUUCUAUAUCCCCCGACAUGUAAAAAAAGAGGAGGAGUCUUUCCAAUCGUGUGCCUUUUGCAAGCCUCAGAAGGUCACCUCCUUCACAGUGGAGCUAGAGUGCCCUGAACUGGACCCACCUUUUCGACUUAAGAAGAUCCAGAAAGUCAAGCAAUGCCGAUGUAUGUCGGUGAGCCUGAGCAGUACAGGCAAACAAUAAAAGUGAGAAUUGGCAGCUGACUCUGCCUUAAACCCUUUCUUCAGACACAAAACUAGUUGACUGUUUUUUUCCUUGACUCAUUUUGGAAACAUUUUUACAACAGCAUCCUUUGCUUUGUUUGCCUACUGGAAAUAAAGGCUGCUAUCAGUUGAUCAAAACUUGCCAUCCUUAUUAGCUAAACAGCUCUUUAACCACUGGGCUUGCUACUAAAUAAGAAGUCAUUGUCUGAUAUGAAAGUGAACAUUUUGGGGGCCAGUGAUAUAAAUUCAGUAAUUGACUCUUCCUUCCACUGUGUGGAAAUUGUUCUGGCUUUCAUUUAACACUUUUGGAUGAAAAAUGGCUGGAUGAAGUAUUUGUCAUUUUCCUAUCUCAUUCUCAGUUAACAUUUUGGUUUAUUUCUGACUACUUAAUCCUGUCUUCCAUGGGAUGGAUAUAGCUAGGAACAGCAAAGGGAAGCAGUUAUCUGUCUUGAUUGAUAAGACUUGUGUGCCUUUUAAACAGCCUUAUCUUCCAUGGAUAUAUCAUCUUGCACUUUCCAAUGAAAAGGCUGAAGUGGAUUUAUACCUAUUUUCAACAAAAUUGUCUCAAGUACAGAGUGCUACAGCAAUGUCUCAUUUGUCAUGUUACCGCAAAUAAUUGUUAAAACUUUUUAAUGUAGACAUAAGCAUGUAUCCCAGG